AUGGACCAACUAACCACUGACCAGUUGGCUGCCAUGGCCCAGGAGGACAGAGGUCCUCUCACAAAGUCCGUUAUUAUUGCUUUCACGGUACUUUCCUAUAUUGCCGUAAGCCUACGGCUGUUCGCUCGUAUACGAUAUAUCGGACUGCAGCUCGGUUGGGAGGAUUAUGCAAUAGUGGUGUCCUUGGCGACAGCCACUGUUGCAAGCGUUUUCCAGGUUCUUCAAGCCAACGCAGGCAAUGGCAAGCAUGCAAUCUUCAUCGAGUUUCCUGAAGGGUUUCGGCCGAUCCUCAAGUACCUGUUUUGGAGCAUCAUCUUCUAUAACAUCAGCCUUACUUUUACUAAGAUAUCCAUCCUGCUUCAAUAUGGCCGAAUCUUUACUGUACGCAAGAUGCGCAUACCACUCCACAUUAUCAUGGGAAUGUGUAUCAUAUGGGGAGUUUGUAUGGUCAUCGUAGCGGUGUAUACAUGUGAACCCCUUCCUGCCAAAGAUGGUGGACCGAAACAAUCUUCAUGCGUGGAAGGCCCAAUCAUCUGGUUCGUCAAUGCCGCCAUAAACAUCCUCACCGAUCUUCUUGUGGCCUUCCUUCCCGUAAAGGUUAUCUGGAACCUGCAAAUUGCCAAACGCCCCAAGAUAGCCCUCAUCGCAAUUUUGACAAUUGGAUGGUUCGUGUGCGUGGUAUCCAUUCUUCGCCUUCACGCCCUCACUAUUCUUGUCGCAAACCAGCAUGACACUACCUACUACAGUGCGCCAGUGGCAUACUGGUCCUCAAUCGAAAUGAAUCUGGCCAUUGUUUGUGCAUCGCUACCAGCACUCAAGCCACUCAUGGUCAAGAUCCUACCCGGCUUCUCAUCACGCGGCGGCAGCAACGGCUACGGGCUGGGAACGGAUGGACUAGGCAAAUCCAAAAGCAUGACCCAUGGCAUCAGAAGCACAGCCAGACGCGCAGGUGCUGAGGAUAUUGAGUUGGGUUCGUCUUCCCAAACAGUUGGCCUAGAUAAGUCUAGCGACGACAAAAUCUUGGGCAAAAACAUUUACGUUUCUCGACACUUUGAGCAGCACUAUGACGACAGCUCGAGGGUCAGCGAUAGCGAGAGCCAGAAAGACCUUGUCGUACGACACUGA